AUGAAUAAUUACAAAAGUAAAGUAAGUUAUGAUAGUCCCUGUGACUCAGACAAUGAUUGGACCAACUCUUCAGACGACUCAAAGUAUUCAGAUUCAGAAAGCUCUGUACCUGAAUGGGAUUCGGACGUCGGCGAGGAUGGAGAAUUGGUUUACAUAAAAAUUAAGAAUGAUAACGAAACCACGGAUUACACGAAGACACCUCUUUUGGAAAACUGUGAAACUUUUAAACUCAGAAACAACUUUAAAAGAUCUUCAACUCGACGAUCUACGAAAGGAAGAAUAUUUAAAGUAUUAAAAUCUCACAAGUCAAAAACUACCGAGAGUAGCACAAGAAAAGGUGAUGAUGGAGCAUCCAAUGUGAAUAGAAAUAUGCUUCCCGAUGAAAAGCUUAUUAUUGUUCAGGUCAGCAAAAGCAUGAUAUUCAGCAGUGAAAAAAACUGCCAAAUAGAGAAACUUUUUGGUUUAAGCCUAGAGACACAUGCUGAUGGCAAAACUUUAACAGUUGCAGAAUUUUUAACAGAAGCCAGAGCCAUUUACACACCGAAAGUUCAAAAAGGAUAUUACUUGCAAAAGAUUAAUGGGAUUGAAGUGAAUUCUUACAACAUUAAUAACAUUCUGCAAAGAGUUGUAGAGGACCAUAAUAGCCCAAGACUAACAUUCCAAGUACCGACAGAAAGCCAUAAGGUAGACUUAGAAAGGUUACUCAAGUCCAAAACGGCUCCAGAGAAUUCCUUGACACAUCUACUGAAGGAAUCUCUCUGCUCUGUUCUAUACAUAUGUUGUAACGACAUAGAAUACAAUAGUAAUGAUGACAAAGGAGUUCUAUACUGUUAUCCAAGACCCUUUAAUCAAAAUUUUUUGUAUAACACCAGAGGGGCUUACGUGACUUUGAACCAUUUGGCUCCAAAAUCUUUAGGGACCAGUGAACCAACAACUUCAACAGUACUCCAUAACAAUACUUUAAUCAAUGUUACUUACACUUCACAUUAUAAUGAUUUAUUAUUAAUUGCUUUUCCUAACAAGGAGGUUGAUAUGUUUGCAGCGAAAAAGGCUAUAGCUGAUGUAGUGAGGCUCUUAGAAUUCCUAUAUGGUUCAAUUAAGUCAAGUUUUACUAAGCCUAAUAACGUUGAUAAGUUAGAUAGUUUGUUCGCCCGAGUUUUCGUUACUUUGGUAAUUAAUAGUAGGGGGAAUAAAGAAGAUGGUGGGAGGAGUGUUGAAUUGUAUUUUGAAGAUAUGUUGGCUGCUCAUUCUGUUACAUUGCCCUUGGAGGUUAAGGUUCAAGUUGAUGAUGCUAUUACGGAGUUAGAAGCUGCUGAUUAUCGUGAAUGGACAGAUGACAUAGAAAACUUCCAAAGGCUAUACACAGUGAUUGGCUCCUGUUUAUAUUACUCCGGACACCUACUAAGUUCACACUUGCAAGACGAAGACUUGAAAGAAAUUAAUGCGUAUUUACGUUUAAAUGGUAUUCUAAAGUUAAGCACAGAGAAAGAGUUGGAGAAACUAGUGGUAUGGAGAGAAGUGUUCAUUAAUGAACAUAGAAAACAGAAUAAAAAUGAGGGUAAUGAGUUCAGAAUUUCAGAUGGCCGUUGGUUCCUCCUUACUGUUGGUAAGGGUCACUUUGUAUUAUCGACAUUGAUGGAAGCCGGCGGAUGUACAGAAGAUGCCGUCGGAGUAACUCCACCAUCUCCGUUCUACGUGGAAGAGUGCGAAAGUUGCCUCGAGUUACUGUAUGAUGUUGGACUGAAUAAGUAUUUAGUAUCCUGGUUCAAUUCCAACUCACAGCCCCAAGUUGAAACGUCGCCGGAAUAUCUCACUAAGUAUGGGAGGAAGAUUAGAGAUAUUAAUUCCUUAAAACCAGACUCGACACUCAAAACCUCAACCCUAAAAAUAUCGAAACAAACAGACAAACGGCGUCACAACUCUACAGAACAGAUCAAUGUGGGAUCAAGUACUAGUGACAUGAAUUCUAUGAACUCUCUCACUAACUAUGGCAGUCACCAUAGUCUAUACGCGCAGACUUAUAGUACCGCUCCAAAGUAUAGACAUUCUAGUCUAGAUGUCAGCUAUUCUGAGGAUUCUAACAGCUUGAAAAGUAAUAGUGAAGUAAGUGAAGAACGAAUACAGGGCAGAAGAGCGGAUAGAGAGCAAAGAAAUCGUCGGGAUUCGUCUGGCUCGGAUUCAGAUUGGGAUAGACUGGAUCGCAGCAGAGCCAGCGGAAGUUUAGACAUGUCUGAUAUCAGAAAGUCUUUGUUGAAUGAAAUUAAUCAUGUUACUGCAAAGAGAAUCACAGCGGGCGAAGAAAACGUGUUAUUUCACUUUGUGCACUUGGAAUCUGAGAGAGGAGUUUUGAUUGCACCGGUGAAGAAUAUAGAAGUACUGGCUAACAAUGUACUGUACUCAUACAUAGUGAAGACAUUCAGAUCUGCUUGUAAACAAAUACAUGAGCUGCUCCAACAUAGUAUAAGAUUCAAGAAAAACCACGCGCCAUCCAAUCCUUUGAACAAGAUUCUAGUGGCAGUGAAAGAGCACGGAAUGUUAUUUCAAGCACCAGUUGAUAUAUUGAGUCAGUGUGGAGUUAGCAAGAAGAAUUGUGAACCAUACCUGUUUUGGGUUGUUGGUCGAGUUUUCAGUGAACCGGAGCCAAGAGAAUUAUAUUUGUGCUACCACGAGUCUGUGCCUCAAGAUCUCACUGAGGUCGCUUAUUUGCUUUCUUACUUAGAGUAA